AUGCCUCAUGUUGCUUCCAGAGAUGUUCGCCAUAACGGGCCUUCCUCUUCUACAUCUUCUCCUCCUGCUGCUGCCACCGAAUCUUCUGACAACAAUUCGCUCUUGUCGGAAUCUGCACCCAAAUUCAGCUCCCUCUGCAAUGUCAAUGAAUCAACAACUCCGAGGGAAUCAGAAUUGUGUGAAGAAACAACAGCUAAUGGCGGGAAGGGGAAGAAGAGGCAGCAGCAAGAAUCGCUCAAGGAAGAUGCUGGUUUGGACUCACAAGUUGUUAUUGUCUUAUUGACAGCAAAUUUGAGUGCCAUACUUGCAAUAAGGCCUUCAAUUCCUACCAAGCACUGGGAGGGCACAGAGCAAGUCACAAGAAGAUCAAAGGCUGUUUUAUAUAAAUCUCACCGAAUUCAUAGAAAUGGAAGUCUUCCCUUUCCCUUACUCUGA